AUGCUCGCGCACCCAAACGUCGUCCGCCUCCACGAGGUUGCUGCUAGCAAAACAAAGAUCUACAUGGUGCUUGAGUUUGUCAAUGGAGGAGAACUGUUUGACAGGAUUGCAAUGAAGGGAAAACUAUCCGAACGAGAAGGAAGAAGACUUUUUCAGCAGCUAAUUGAUGGCGUGAGCUAUUGCCAUGGAAAGGGUGUCUACCACAGAGACCUUAAGCCUGAAAACGUUCUGAUUGACCGAAAAGGCAACAUCAAGAUCUCUGAUUUUGGUCUAUGUGCUUUACCUCAACAUCUCGGGGAUAUUUUCAUUUCGUUGAAUUUAAAGUCUGCAACUUUUCAGAAGGAUGGAUUACUGCAUACAACCUGUGGUAGCCCCAACUAUAUUGCACCUGAGGUUCUGCAGAACAGAGGUUAUGACGGAUCACUGUCGGAUAUCUGGUCUUGUGGAGUAAUUCUUUACAUAAUGCUCAUAGGCCAGCUUCCGUUUGAUGACCGAAAUAUGGUUGUUCUUUAUCAGAAGAUUUUCAAGGGUGACGCUAAGAUCCCGGAGUGGCUUUCGCCUGGUGCACAAAAUAUUAUUAAGAGGAUUCUUGAACCAAAUCCGAUGAAGAGAAUCAACAUGGCAGAGAUCAAACAACACGAAUGGUUUCAGAAAGACUAUAUUCAUGUUGGUCCAUAUGAUGACGAUGAUGAAGAUGUACGGCUUGGUGCAAUUCUGCCUGUGAAACAGAAGCAAAUUAGUGAAGCACCUGGGGACAAGAGUACUCGUCAGAUGAACGCUUUUCAGCUGAUCGGAAUGGCAUCUUCCCUCGAUCUUUCUGGGUUUUUUGAGGAAGAGGGAGUGUCCCAGAGAAAGAUCAGGUUCACAUCAGCACUUCCACCGAAGGAUUUGUUCAACAAGAUUGAAGUAACGGCAACGCAAUCGGGGCUCCACGUUCAAAGAGUGCAUAGCAAGCUCAAAAUAACGGGCAAUUGCAAUGGAGCGAACAACCCUUUGCCAUUCUUAGUCUGUGUCGAGGUGUUUGAGCUCGGCCCCUCUCUGCAUGUUGUUGAGCUUAGGAAGUCCCACGGUGACCCUGCAGUGUACAGACAGCUCUGCGAUAGGAUCUCGGGUGACCUGGGGAUUGACAAGAUAUUCAGGAUGGAGCAGCUCUUUGACGACGAUCUCCCCAGCUUCGACAGCAGAGGCGCGACGCCACUGCAUGCCAUGCUUGACACAACUCAGUCUGCUAUGAGAAGCACUGAACAGGGAGCCUCGGUUGAUAUAGAUGGUGAGAAUAAUUCUGAUACAACUGCUCCUCCUGGUUUCCCUCACCCUGUUUACCUUCCUCAUGUGGAUCUGCAAGUCGAUGCAGUCUCAAAGGAGGAGGCUCUUCUAGGAAAGGAAGGAGCCUGUAUCUGGCAAAAAUAUUCCCCCCUGAUGUCGCUUGAAGCUACGUCGGUAUUUUCUCAAAGAGGAAAGGAUGAUGCAGCACAACAGCGGUAG